AUGGCGUCGCAGCAGAGAGAUGUGAAGCACAUGUUACAUAUUCUAAAUGGUAAAGAGUGCGAGCAAAAACAUGAUGAUUCUCAGGUGUUCGAUAAAUUGCCAACAUCAAAGAUUCAAAUUACUGCUUAUGUUGAGUAUUUCGGACAAUUUACAUCAGAACAAUUCCCUGAGGAUAUUGUUGAGCUUAUUCGCAGCUGCUAUCCAUCGAAGGAGCAACGCUUUUUUGAUGACGUUCUUGCAACUUUUGUCCUUCAUUAUCCAGAACAUGGGCAUGUGGUUGUUCUUCCAAUAAUUUCAGGCAUCAUUGACGGAUCCAGUGAAGCAAUGAUGAUAGUGAAUGCUUUGCUGGAAGUUGUUUCCCAUCCAGAAUAUGAUAUUGCUUCAUUGACCUUUAAUUUUUGGCACAGUCUUCAGGUUAUCUUUACAAAAAGGAAUUCCAACAUUUCAUUUGGCGAUGAAGCAUCCAUUGAAGCUGAAAGAAACCAAAGGCUUCAAGUUUUUCGUCAAUCAUAUGAGUCUCUUGUAUCCUUGGUUAGCUUCCGAGUUCAAUAUCCCCAAGCCUAUCAAGAUCUUUCAUAUGAGGAUCUCAAGGAAUUCAAACAUUCGAGAUAUGUUGUUGCGGAUGUGUUGACGGAUGCGGCAUCAGUUUUAGGCGGCGAUGCAAUGCUACAAAUUCUUUACGUGAAGCUAUUAGAGGUUGUAUCUUGUUGUGGAAAUGAACAAAGUGAAUGGCAUCCAACUGAGGCUGCUUUAUUUUGCAUUCGAGCUAUAUCAAGUUAUGUGUCGGUCGUUGAAAUAAACGUAAUGCCUCAGGUUAUUGAUCUGUUUCCGAAACUGCCUCAUCAGCCGCAGCUACUCCAAACGGUUUGCUUAAUAAUUGGAGCAUUUUCUAAGUGGCUUGAUGUUGCACCAAGUGGUUUCUCUAAGUUGCCUUUGGUGAUUGAUAUUCUCAUGAGUGGGAUGCGUACCUUUGAUGAUUCUGCUGCAGCUGUUGCUUUGGCAUUUAGACACAUCUGUGAUGAUUUCCGUAAAAAGCUUUCUACAUAUUGUAAAGAUCUUUUCCAUAUAUACUAUACAACAGUUAAUGGUGAAGGUAGUUUUAAGGGCUCUGUUGAUGAUUCGUUACACUUAGUUGAAGCUUUGAGCAUGGUUGUUACUGAACUUCCACCAGAGCCUGCUAAGGCUGCUUUGGAGGAACUAUGUGCAUCAGUUGUUACUCCUUUACAGGCAGUUAUUAACCAAGGUCCAGAAGUUUUAGAGAAGAAACAUGCUAGUGAAUUAACAGUUCACAUAGAUCGAUUUGCUUAUAUUUUCCGGUAUGUAAAUCAUCCUGAAGCAGUUGCUGAUUCAGUUUACAGGCUUUGGCCUAUAUUCAAAGCCAUAUUUGAUAUUUGCGCUUGGGACAUGAGGACCAUGGAGUCUCUUUGUCGUGCUUGCAAAUAUGUUGUGAGAACUUCUGGAAGGUUUAUGGGAAUAACAAUUGAAGCAAUGCUUGAAGAAAUCCAAGGCAUGUAUCAACAACACCACCAGUUGUGCUUCCUUUAUCUCUCUAGUGAAGUUAUAAAGAUAUUUGGCUCUGACCCUUCUUGUGCAAGUUACCUAAAAAAUAUGAUUGAAGUGCUCUUCAAGCACAUAACGUCCAUUCUCACGAGUAUUAAGGAAUUCACUACAAGACCAGACAUCGCAGAUGAUUGUUUUCUACUGGCAUCAAGAUGCAUUCGUUAUUGUCCUCAAUUAUUUGUCCUUUCUGCUGUAUUUCUGGCAAGGGCAUUACUCGGGAAAGGUUUUGAUCCUUGGGGACAAGGAUCAUUUCAUGGAUGGGGUAUUGUCAUGAUUAUGAGAGAUAUAAAAAUCGGAGAAGACGAAGGAGAAUUAGGGAAAUUGGAAAUAGGGUUAGGGAUUUCAAUUAAGGGGAGGGGUAUUGCCAACAGUGAAGUCACACCAACAACACCUGCAAGGGAAUCUAACUGGAAUUUGGUAGCUUGGAGUUUUAAGCGUCAACGCUCGGUGUCAAGGUCUACGACUGAGGUUGAGUAUCGAGGAAUUAUCGAUGUUGCAUCUGAGAUUGUUUGGCUACGAGCUUCGUUGAAUGACAUGAAAGUGUCUUUAAUUGAGUUGUCGAUUGUUUAG